CUGAAUUAAGACUAAACUGGUUACACUGCAUAAGUAUGAGGUUGAACGGUGCAAGGAAAAAAUAUAUUCCCAAAAACAAGGACGCUGCGGAUUUCGCCGGAUUUUUACAGCACGGCUAUGGGAAUCCGACUCUUGCGGAGAACGAGUGCGGGAAGUGGCAGCACAAAAGAAAGUCGGAGCAACAGGCAACAGCCGUUCUCCCUCCUAAAAUGCUGAUUACAGAGGAACGCAUCACCCAGCAUUUCAGUGGCCUACAGAUCUCUGGAGAUCCGAAGAGUGCGACGGCUUCGGUGGUGGGAAGCACCAAUAACAACAGCGUAGCCGCCGUUACCGGUGGACUUGCCACGGAUGAUAUUCCGUCCACGAGCACAGGAAAAACACAUCACCCGAACCCCGCUUACCAAAUGGCGGCCAUGGAAUUGGAGCAGAAGCUGCGCAACGCGAAUCGCAUUGUGAUCUGUGACGGCCUCAAGCCGGGAACAGGGCCCGGAGCCACCGGACCGCCAGUCAUCCCACCGGAAUGGCUGAUUAAGACCAUACCACGUCCCUGCACCGCCUUGGUGCCCUGGCAGCCAUCGCCCCUGCAGUUGCCGCUGCCAGAGAUGGCCAAGAUUCCGACGGUGCCACAGAAUCAACAGCUGCCAGCGGCGGUAUCGAUGGUCAAUCCCAACCAGCAGGAGCUCGACGACUACGACGACGAUCUAGAGUUCUUUGAGAACAACAACACGUGCAGCGUGAACCUAAACAAGUCUGAUGAGCACAUGGACGAAGACCUGUAGCAGCAAUAGUCAUAAGCAACGUAAGUUAGCGCGUAAACCAUGUAGAUUUUUAUGUCCGUAUAUUAUAUCCGAAAGAGCAAGUUGAUAGCAUACAAUGGAAUACUCAAUGCUCUUUACCUUAUUUUGUAUUAAUAUUGAAAAUAGAUAGAUGUAUGUCAUCCAA